AUGGGGACCGGAGAUGACACAGUUGAGAAGCACAAACAGAUACCCGACGAUUACAGUGAAGACUGCCUUCAUCUUUCAGUGUGGGCUCCGUCAGACAAUGGCGGCAAUCUAGCAGUGAUGGUCUGGAUCUAUGGUGGAGAUACCAUCCCUGGCAACAUGGGCUUGAUGGAUCAACGACUGGCCUUACAGUUGGUGAAAGACAAUAUUGCCAACUUUGGUGGAGAUCCAACCCGAGUUACCAUAUUUGGAGAAAGUGCUGGAAGCGUCAGCGUGAGUGACCACCUGGUGUCACCUCUGUCACGUGACCUGUUUAACAGAGCCAUCAUGUAG